CCACAUUUCAUUUCUCUCUUUAUCUAUUCAUUCUUUAAUCUUUAAUCCUUAAUAUUAUUAAUAAUAAUUACUCCCUUUUUCCCUUCCUUCACUUUUCUUUCAUUAUUCUUCUCCUUUCUUUUCUUUUCUUUCUUCUCUCUUUCCUUGUUCCUACUUUUUAAUGCUCUUUUAAGGGAGGACAAAAAAUCACUCGUCUUCCUUCCCCACACGAGUGUGAGUGAGUGCUGUGCUGCCUUUCAAAAAGAUGGAGAAAAUCAACUUUGUCAAAAAUGGCGAAUUGAAAAUGCCACCUGGUUUUCGUUUUCAUCCAACUGAUGAAGAACUUGUUCUUUCGUAUUUGAAGCGGAAGGUGUUCUCUCUCCCUUUGCCUGCUGCAAUCAUCCCUGAAGCUGAUCUUUGCAAGUCUGACCCAUGGGAUUUACCAGGUGAUUUGGAACAAGAGAGGUACUUUUUCAGUACCAAAGAAGCGAAAUAUCCGAAUGGGAACCGAUCUAACAGAGCUACAAAUUCUGGUUACUGGAAAGCUACUGGUUUGGACAAACAAAUCACUACCUGGUCGAAAUCUGAGGUUGUCGGAAUGAAGAAGACUCUGGUUUUUUACAGCGGAAAACCGCCUCUUGGCUCCAGGACUGAUUGGAUUAUGCAUGAGUAUCGUCUUGCUCCUUCUCACUCUAACCCUCUGAAUGAAAACUGGGUUCUCUGCCGCAUAUUUCUAAAGAAAAGAGCCGGUACUAAAACCGGGAAAGAAACCUUCACUGUGAGGCCCAACGUGGCCAACAACAACAACCUUAGCAAGGUUGUGAAGGACUCAGCUCCAAACUCGGCUCCAAACUCAUCUUCAAACUCAAGUUCUGGUUCAAAGGUUGUUGUUUUCUAUGACUUUUUGGCACAGAACAACAACAAGAACACUGUUACAUUUUCAAUUUCACCAGCUACAAGUGGAAUCACAGAUGAACUGAAUGAGCAUGAAAAUGAAGAAAGCAGCAGCUCUUAACCAACAUUGAAUUUAAUGUUUGGUUUUAAUUGUCUUAUAUUAUUAUUAUUAUUAUUAGUAUUAGUAUUAUUAGUAUUAUUAUUAUCUAUGUAAGUAGUAAUUAUAUUAUGCGGCAUUAAGUUUCACAGCUCGAAAGAGUACUAAUGUAAUAUUAAUAUUAAAGUGGAAAUGGAAAUUCUUUAUUUUCCUUUGUU